UUCUCCACCCGCCUGCCUCUAAUUAAGUCUUUCCAAAGCCACGGUGAACUUGAAACCCAUUGUUAGCCUCGUGUUUUUACCAACCCUAAUCCGGAACCCUCGUUGCAUCGAUCCCUUGUUCGUUUUGCAGAAAGUUUUGUCCGUUUCUUUCAUAGCAUGAUUCAAACCGGCCAUCGAUCGAGACCCUAGCUAGCUACCAGCUUACACAUGAGACUCUUUUUUUCAUCUCCUCUGGAUAUAUGAUAUCUCUCUCCUCUGCUCCUAGCUAAUUAAUUAUUAAUUCAUCUCGAUCGAUCUGAUCAUCUUAUUCUUUCGUGACAGUAGUACUCCUCCUGGAUCAAUGGGUUGUGGCAUUUCGAUGUUUGACCCCGAAGACGGCCGGGUAGGCCCAACUUGCGAGUUCAACCCCCUCCGUCAAAACAACGUUCACCCCAUUGAUCAUCAGGUCGACGUUGAUAAUUCUGAUCAUGGCCGAAAAAGCAUUUCUUCGCCAGCAAAGAACAAAGGUACUGCUCAUGUAAAGGACCAGACUGCAGUGAAAAAAAUAAAGACGAGGCAGCUCAUGUGUUCCGAGGACCCGACGGAAGAGAAAGAGCCUAGAAAGGAGAUGAAGGUCAUGUCAGCUGGGAAAGUUGUGCAGGAAGAUCAAGGGGGCUUUCGCAAGGAAGAGGUCGAGGAGGAUGGACGACGGAUCAAUAAAGAAGAGGAAAAAGAGAUUUGUCAUAAGAGGGAAGAUAGCCUAAUUGGUCCAGGAUCCCCAAGUUUUAAGGAGUACUGCAGGGAUAGUUCUACCUCGUGCGGCUGCAGCGACGAUGGCCCUAACGGUGAUAUUGCAGCAAAGAGUGACAAGAAGCCACAAAAGGAGGGGCCGCUGGAAUCCAACGAGAUAGGCAAGAAAGAUCAGAGAAAAGGAAGAGGAUUGAGAAGUGUACUGUUACACAAGGGGCGCUGGCCAGCAGGAGUUAAAUUUUUUUCCAACGGAUCGAAUGUACCAUCCUAACUAUAUGCAUUACACACACAUACAUAUUAUCUUGAUCUCAUACGUACGUGGGAGUUUGCUAAAACUGGUUUGAAAACCCGCGUGAUGAUGCAGGGUUUCGUAGGUAGACGAUUAUAAUGAUCAUCAUGUGGCUUAUGCCACGUACUCAUGAUGUGAAUCAUGUACUGCAUGCAGUACCUGAUGCUCUUAUGGUGAUCAUGAAUCUUAAUUUCUUUGUUUUAGUACCGCAUGCAUGCAUGCAGUCACGUCGACAGGCCAGCUAGCUAGCAUUGGGUUUGACUUUGAUUCUCAAAAUUGAGAAUAUUGUUAUUAAUGACUUUAUAAGAUAUAUACACGUGUAUAUAUAAAUAUAUAUUUAAUUACGGAAAAUGCAAUUCCAUUCCAAAUUAAUUAAGAGUAGUUGGAUAUAAUAUGCAUGCCUCUGUUGUCGUUACGACGUUGGAGAAUGAGGAACGUCGUGGGUACAAUCUGCAACACAACUUAAUCAAAGAGGCAGUCUAUGCACAGUCACCCAAAUUCAGUCCCCGCUGCAAAAAAAGUCCUGCAAUGAAAAAAAUUGAAUUCCCUCUGUUGAAGUCAUUUUCAAUUGACAAAAAAGCCCUGCACGAAUUUCUCUACGAUUUCGAGUUGCAACUCUGUCCGUCGGCAUCGACUGGAUCUCUUCU